GGACACAGCUAAAAAUUAACAAUGAAAUCCUAGAACCAUCCAACCAGGAAGAGACAAGUUUACUCUAUUGCUAGGAAAAUGCCCAGCAUAUAAAAUGAAUACACUACAGACAGUACAGAUAAUUAAGAUUAAAUGACAAGUAGACGCUUCAAAGAUUUGACUGAGACCAAAGGAUACAAACAUGAAAAAGGCUCUGAUGCUAGCAUUCCUUACAAUUACACUCCUGUACAUGGAAACUAAUGCAAACCUGCUACAAUUCUGUGGGAUGGUAUCACAUUAUACAGAACGCAGCUGCUUUGACUACAUAAACUACGGAUGCUGGUGUGGGCUUGGGGGCAAAGGAAAAACCGUAGAUGAAAUAGAUGAGUGCUGUAAGGCACAUGAUAAAUGUUAUGAUCGUAUAAAAAAAUGUAGUCCAAAAUGGAACUUUUAUAGCAGAUUCUGGAACCGGUGUUGGGACAAGAAGGGCUCUUGCGAUUACAAAAUUUGUAAAUGUGACGAGGAUGCAGCGAAAUGCUUUGCGAAGUACAAAUAUGAUGACGCUCAUUGGGGCUACAGAUCAAAGCGACAAUGUUUCAAAUGAAUACAGUGAAACCUGUUUAUCCAAAUACCUCUCUAAAAUGAAUGACUCUCGAGUCAAGCUAAAAGACAGAGCUUAUCAAAAAUGAAAGGUUGAUACCUAAAACCUGACAAAGGACUGAUAAACACUACCUCAUAACUGUU